AUGAGCUAUUUAAAUGGAAAACAGGUGAACCCACCUUUUCUUCAGGUAUGUGAUUUUAUUUUUAUUAUAAAGUUAAACAAUUAGUAAUGUUUAAAAUGUAAUUAUAAUUUUUGUGUAAAUUAUGACAGAAUGUGAGAUUUUUAGGAAGAAGAGUUUGUCGAUGAUGGAGACAUUGAGUAUCCGUUUGAGGAUGUUGGAGGAAGUGGCGACGAGAACAGAAUACGCGGAAACUGGUCUUCACACAUGGAUUACUACCUUUCCGUGUUUGGCUUCACGUUUGCGUUGGGGAACCUUUGGCGUUUUCCAAACCAGUGUCAUCUCCAUGGCGGUCUGGCAUAUUUAAUACCCUACAUCGUGUUAUUCUUUAUCAGUGCUAUUCCAAUGUUAUUUAUGGAGUUGAGUCUUGGUCAAUUUGUAAGCCUUGGACCAACAGCUGUUUGGAAAGUUGCGCCAAUGUUUAAAGGUGAGAGGAAAAUUUUAUUUUCCUUAGUGUCAUUAAAAUACAGGGGGACCUCUGUAUAAGGAACCUGUAUAUAACGAAACCCCUGUAUAACGAACAACUUUUGAAUAACCGGCUAACAUUUCACAGUGCAUUUAAAAUCUUUAUAUAACAAAACCUUUUCAUAACGAAAAAAUUAAAUCCCCUGACGGUUCGUUAUAUAGAGGUUUCACUGUAUGGCUAAUAUAUAUUUAAAUUUAGGUAUUGGGAUAGCAAUGGUUUUUAUCUGCUCUGUUACUGCUGUUUAUUUUCAACUAAUAACAAGUUGGUCGCUUUUGUACGUUUUGAACUCUUUGAAAUUUACAUUGCCUUGGGCAACAUGCGGGAAUUCAUGGAAUUCAGAUCAGUGUUCCGUUUGGAAUAAGGGGGCUGUAGAAAACUGCCGUUUGUCUAAUGGUACAAUAAUGAACAACGGCACAUGCGCUUUUAUUCCUUCUUUACCUAUGAAUUCUAGUAAUUCUUCUAACGUAGAACAAACCAAUUUUCCAAAAAAUCAUGUUAUCCCAAGCUUGGAAUAUUUUCAGUAAGUUUUAAAAAUGGUUAAUGUAAAUUGAUAAAUAUUUAGUACGGAAGUGUUGCAAAUAUCAGAUGGUAUUUCGGAUUUUCGAACCGAUUACUUCAAUUGGAGGCUGACUAUUUGUUUGCUAGUUUCAUGGUCAGCUAUAUUUUUGUGCUCUUUUAAAGGAAUUAAAACAAGCGGAAAGGUAUUUUGACUUAUUUAUUACUUAUUAAAAAUAUAUUUUUCUAUUUAUUGAGUAAAUUAUAAUUUUUCAAUUUUUUAGGUCGUGUAUAUUACAGUUGUUCUUCCGUAUAUAAUUCUUUUUGUAUUAACUUUGCGGUUUUUGACAUUGCCUGGGUCGCUUGAAGGUCUGUGGCAUUUUUUCUAUCCUGAUUUUAACGUUCUUCUUGAUCUGAAAGUAAGUAAAAAACUUAUCAUUGCAGUUCCAUGGCAUUGUUAUGUACUCUAUAUUAUAAUAGUUUCUUUAAUUGUGAAAUUUCAGGUUUGGGGUGAUGCCGCAAUACAAGUGUUCUACUCACUUUCAAGUUGCACCGGAGGCUUGAUACUGCUUUCAAGUUAUUCAAGGUUUCAUAACAAUGUAUUUCGCGAUGUAUGGCUGGUUGGUUUUGUGGAUUUAAUUACUUCUGUUUUGGUGUCGGCACUAGUGUUUUCGGCUAUUGGAUUUGUAUGUCACGAAAUGGACAUGUAUUUGGAUGAAUUUAAAUUACAAAGUAAGAAUUUGUCAUUUAUGAUUUUUUUGUGUUGUUUUGCUAGUUUUCUCACAAGGGAAUGUUACAAACUGUUCAUCUGCGAUUUAGAAAUGAAUGAUACUAUGCGAAAAAGCGUAAAGGGUUCACUAAAAAUCUAUUUUUAAAAACUACCAAUUUAAUAACCAGUAGAUAAAAAAAAGCGUUUAAUAGUGAACCUAUUUUUUUUGAAACCGUGACGUUUUUGCUGCCUAUGACCGCACUAUGAAUGCUCGGGCAAUUUUAGAUCCGGGCGGUCCUACACUAGGUGUUGUAUUUAUGCUUUUGGUACUGAGUGGUAGUACAUCCCUUAAAAUUAUUUAAAGUUUAACUUUGUGAUACUCUGUAAUACUUUAAAAAAUAUUCGGCACCAUACAACUAUACCUCCAGAAAAAAAUCUGUAGGGACGUCCUUGAUUUUACUCUACCUUUGUAAAAUUCUCUUGUUAAUUUCAAGACCUAAAUAUUUGUUUGUAAAUUACUCGAUAAUCUACUUCAGAUGGAGUACAAUUGGUAUUUGUAUUUUUUGCGGAAGCGUUGUCAAAAUUGCCCGUUGCACCAUUGUACGCAUUACUAUUUUUUACAAUGGUAGCGCUAAUUGUAUUUAAUACUGAGUUAUUUUUGGUUGAAACUGUCGUAUCAUCAGUAUCAGACGAAUAUCCAGAGAGGAUGAGGAAAAACCACAGGCACGUCAUGACUUUCACAAUUUGUGUUUUCUUCUUGCUUGGAGUUCCUUUGUGCAGUGGUGUAAGUUUACAGUACAAUGGGACUUGGAACUCCUGUGAAUCGCUCGGGGAUUUAAACUUUAUUCGUCAUACAGAAAUUUCGUUAUACGGAAGUUUGUUAUACACGAGUUCUGCUUUCCUUCAAUUAUUUAUAGUAUAACAAACAUUUUUUCAAAAAAAUUAUAUGUAAUAUAAAACCGUCUUCGAAUCGUAGUGUAAUAUAUAACUUUAGGCUGGUCUUUAUUGGAUUGUAUUACUGGAACAAUUUGUCGCAACCUGGUCUUUAAUUGGCAUCGCUUUUUUUGAAGUUACCGUUAUAUGCUGGGUUUACGGAUCAGACAAUUUUUUGGAUAAUAUUAGGUGGAUGACACAUUUUUACCCACCCGUAUAUAUCAUGUGGAAGAUUAUUUGGAAAUUUGUAUGCCCACUUGUGUUUUUGGUAUGUAUUUUAAAAUGCAAAAUUUAGUACUGUAAAGUACAUUAGUUUUUAUUGCGUUAGAGAAAGGUCGAUAGGAAUUAAACACAAAUAAUUUCUACAAUUAACUUUCAGAGUAUAUUAACAUGCAUUUGGCUAGAAUAUAAACCGAUUUCUUAUAAUGGAAUUAUUUUUCCAUAUUGGGCCACUAUAUUAGGAUGGGUUAUAUCAGCUGUUCCAGUUAUUAUUAUCAUCAUAACUGGAAUCAUUAUGAUUUGUCGGACAGAAGGAUCGUUCACAGAAAGAUGGCAAACUUUACUAUGUCCUGAUGAUGAUUGGGGCCCUGCUUUAGCCGUUCACCGUUCCGAAUACUAUCCAUUACAAAUCCCAGAAGCACGAAGGUUAAUGUCAUCACAGCGUUUUACAAACAAUGAAGUUUACACGCCUUCUAUAAAACCGUGUUAUGACGAAUCCGCUGAUUUGCUGGUUAGGAGAAGAAACGACAAAACAAAAAGUCAAAGUAGAUAUGCGUCACCAGAGCGAGAAACCGUCAUCUAA